UUCCCUCUCCCCUCCCGACGCCGGUGGCUCGCUGCGAGCGCCGCCGCUCCGUUCGCCCGUAGUCCGCACGGGCGUCGCUGCUCCCAGAUUUGCCGCGGAGGGAGGGAGAGAGAGAGAGAGAGAGAGAGAGAGAGAGAAACGCAGUAGAAAGCGGCGGCGGCGGUGGCGGCGAUGAGGAUCGAGGAGGUGCAGUCGACGUCGAAGAAGCAGCGCAUCGCCACCCACACCCACAUCAAGGGGCUCGGCCUCGACGCGAAUGGGGUGGCGGUAGCGCUGGCGGCGGGGUUCGUGGGACAGGCGGCGGCGCGGGAGGCUGCUGGCCUGGUGGUCGACAUGAUUCGCCAGAAGAAGAUGGCCGGCCGCGCGCUGCUCCUGGCCGGUCCGCCCGCCACCGGCAAGACGGCCCUCGCGCUGGGCAUUUCCCAGGAGCUCGGUAGUAAGGUCCCUUUCUGUCCUAUGGUAGGAUCAGAAGUGUAUUCCUCAGAGGUCAAGAAAACUGAGGUGCUAAUGGAGAAUUUCCGUAGAGCUAUAGGUUUGCGUAUAAAAGAAAAUAAAGAGGUCUAUGAAGGAGAGGUUACUGAACUUUCCCCAGAAGAGGCUGAGAGUACAACAGGUGGAUAUGGAAAAAGCAUUAGCCAUGUAAUCAUAGGUCUAAAGACUGUAAAAGGGACUAAGCAACUGAAGCUAGAUCCUACAAUUUAUGAUGCUCUAAUAAAGGAAAAGGUGUCAGUGGGUGAUGUUAUAUACAUCGAAGCUAAUAGCGGUGCGGUCAAAAGAGUUGGUAGAUGUGAUGCUUUUGCUACAGAAUACGAUCUUGAAGCUGAGGAAUAUGUUCCGAUUCCCAAAGGGGAAGUUCAUAAGAAGAAGGAAAUAGUGCAGGAUGUUACACUUCAUGACCUUGAUGCUGCAAAUGCUCAGCCGCAAGGAGGCCAAGAUAUUUUGUCCCUUAUGGGACAGAUGAUGAAGCCACGAAAGACUGAGAUCACUGAGAAGCUACGACAAGAAAUCAAUAAGGUGGUUAACAGGUAUAUUGAUGAAGGAGUUGCCGAGCUUGUGCCAGGUGUUCUGUUCAUUGAUGAGGUCCACAUGUUGGACAUUGAAUGUUUCUCUUAUCUUAAUCGUGCUUUGGAGAGCUCAUUAUCACCAAUUGUGAUACUUGCUACAAACAGAGGAAUAUGUAACGUGAGAGGAACUGAUAUGACAAGUCCACAUGGUAUACCCGUCGAUCUUCUAGACAGAUUGGUGAUUAUUCGAACAGAAACAUAUGGUCCCACUGAGAUGAUCCAGAUACUUGCUAUUAGAGCACAGGUAGAAGAGAUUGACAUUGAUGAAGAAAGUCUUGCAUUUUUAGGAGAGAUUGGACAACAGACAUCCUUGAGGCAUGCUAUUCAGUUGCUAUCGCCCGCUAGCGUAGUCGCAAAGGCUAAUGGGAGAGAGAAGAUCUGCAAGGCCGAUCUUGAGGAAGUCAGUGCUCUGUAUCUGGACGCUAAAUCAUCGGCUCGUCUCCUUCAGGAGCAGCAAGAAAGAUACAUCACUUAGAAAUUUCACUUGCUGUACGACGGUAAACUCAAGCACGUGACCCUAGGUAUUCCGCUGCUGGGCCACAGGUGCCAAGACAUUAUCAGGAGCACACUGAGCUCCAUUGAGUUUUGCUGAAAUGUAGAAACUGAGCUCUGUGCCCCCUGUUACGCAACCUCUAGAGAGAAGCUUGAUUACGGCAUAUUGAUUGAUUGUUCACAUUACUGUUUGCUGAUGAGUAGAUCUUAUGUGAAAUUAUCGUGUAUCUUAGUCGCCCUUGCUAACUGGUGCCAAGAUUCUGUUUCGUCUAAUGAUGGCAUUUUCAUGUUGAUUCUUGAUUGAUUCAGUUCAGACGGAAGGGAAUACCCUCGAACGUGUAUUCUCGAUCCCCAGAACGCCCCAGACCAUUAGGCACCAUCUAAUACUGCGAAUCAGACAAAUGUUGCUAUUUCUUGGAAUUGUACAAAUCUGGUGGUAUGCAAUAUUUUGAAUCUUGACAGACUGAAUUGCU